CUUCAACUCUGCUCCCCGCCUGCAAACUAGCUCCUCAUCUGACACCCGAGCUGCACCAACAGACGACUCCGAGAGGAGAUUUCAGUCAAAAUGGCCAACCGCUAUGACUGUAUGGAGUGUAAGGAGUCCUUGUUUGGUCAGAAGUACAUCCUCAAGGAAGAAAACCCGUACUGCAUCAAGUGCUACGAGGCACUUUUCUCUAAUAAGUGUGAGGUGUGCCAUGUGCUCAUUGGCUGCACCAGCAAGGAUCUGUCGUACAAGGACCGCCACUGGCACAGCGAAUGUUUCCUCUGCAUCAAGUGCAGCCGAUCUCUGGUGGAUUGGCCGUUCUGCAGCAAGGAUGACAUGCUGAUGUGCAUGGAGUGCUACAGCAACGAGUACUCUGCUAAGUGCCAUGCAUGCCUGAAGACCAUCAUGCCAGGCUCUAAAAAGAUGGAGCAUAAGGGCAACAGCUGGCACGAGAAUUGUUUCACCUGCAACCGUUGCCAGCAGCCCAUCGGCACCAGGUGCUUUGUGCAGAAGGACGUCAACAACUACUGCCUGCCCUGCUACGAGAAGCAGUUCGCCCAGCAGUGCGUCCACUGCAAGAAGCCCAUCACCACUGGAGGAGUGAACUACCGUGACCAGCCCUGGCACAAGGAGUGCUUCGUCUGCAUCGGCUGCAAGCAGCAGCUGGCCGGUCAGCGCUUCACCUCCCGGGACGACUUCGCCUACUGCCUCGACUGCUUCUGCAACCUGUUUGCCAAGAAAUGCGCUUACUGCACCACCCCCAUCAGUGGUCUCGGAGGCAGUAAGUACAUCUCGUUCGAGCAGCGCCAGUGGCACAACGACUGCUUCAACUGCAAACGGUGCUGCGUGUCUCUGGUGGGUCGAGGUUUCCUGACGUGCAAAGACGACAUCCUCUGCCCCGACUGCGGCAAAGAUAUCUGAGAUCGAGAAGCACCUGCGAUUUUCUCACAACACUGGUGAACGAUCGGUUAUUGGGUUUUCACACAUUAACCUUCUCUGACUGCUAAAGUUUCCUCUGCAUGUACGCUGAUGAUAUUUUGAUUUAUAUAAACACGCUGAAAACCAUAAUCCCCUUAAUUGUUUUUCUGAGAAACAUUCCUCUUUGGAUAGCAAAACCUUUGUCAGUCAGUCUUCGUUGUUUAGUCUCAAGAAAAUGUUUAUCUCAUUUUUGGAAUGAAAAUGUGUGUCGAUUCAAAAUAACCGCGGUUUUGAUAUUUUACAGCAUAUUUAGUUGUUUUACUGGCUUGAACUGUGAUGUUUUGUUCUUAAUAGAGUUAAUAUAAUACUACUAAUAUUGUUUAUUCUAAUUAUAUACAUUAUUUUAGUUUUUCAACUCAGAUGAGUGUGUAUUUGCCAACACUGAUGCAGCUUGUCAGUUCUUGUAUUGCAAAUGAAAAUGUGUAUUAAACCAAAUCCUAUUCAAGUCUGUUGGUUAGAGUAUAAAUGAAUUUUAAAUAAUUAUGCUAUGCUAUUAAAAUGUUUAGUUUGUGAAAUUAAACUGUGCCACUUUCUAACAAGUACCUUUGAGUUGUACUUCAUAGCUUUAUCAACUGUUAAUAAAGGAAAAAAAAAUAACA